GAAAGAAUCGGGUUCAUCAUAAAAUUCCAAUCUAUAUUAUAUCUUCCAAUUCGCAUCUCAAGCUAUCAAGAUGCGUCGACCCUACUCUUUCACUCGCACGUCAUCUUCUCAUGCUCGCUACAAUCCAAUUUACGAAGAAACAGAAGCCAAGAAAGCCGAAGCCACCGGGAAAUCACGAUGGUCGUUUCCAUUCUUCGCAUCAAGUCAACCUACAGGAUACGAAACUGUAAAACCACAACCACGACAAUCUAGUUCCCCACCACCUCGUACAUCCGGUACUUUCUUUGCAACAAAUUACAAUACUUAUUCACCAACAAACAGCACAGAUAACAUCUACGAUGCAGCCGAGAAGUCUACAAAACCUACGAGUGACCGAAGAAAGCGGUUCUCAUUCCCUUCUCUCCCUUUCUUCGGAACAAACAACAAAGGCGAUGGCAUCGAAGUUGAUGAUGACUAUGAUUACCGGUCCAAUUCGUUCAAUGAUGGAGAAAAUAGAACCGAUCCGUUUCUCGACCCUGGAGACAACUUAAAGGAAGAGAAUAAGAAGGAAAAGCAGAAAGAGAAGGAGAGGCAGAAGCAGAAGCAGAGACAGAAGCAGAAAACCCCUACAUCAACCAAAGAUUCUGACAACAAGAAGCCAAGUAAAUCCUGGCAAGAACGAGGAUCGACUAAGAGAGCAGAAGCAAAAGAGGAGAAAGAGAAAGCCAAGGAACAAGAAAGGGCCCGCAAACGAAACAGCGGUUUAGGUUGGGCAAAAUCUUGGUCGUUUGGAGGUGAGAGAUUUGGGGGGACGAUUCUGGCAGAUGGCAGUGGAGUGAGAAUGCCAAUUUUCAGAUGUAAGGGUCCUUGUGGACUGUCUUGUGGGUUUUGAAUGGUCUCUCGUUGACUGUAUAUAGAAUGGGUGCAGGUCUGGAUUGGGAAAUGAGGUGUUGAAGGGUUUGAGGGGGGUGGGUGGCGGCUAUUGGAGGUGAAUGGAGUUUAAGUGAUUGGCUUUUGUGAAAUACAGAUAUCGACAGCAUAGAAUAUAGAAGAAAAUUGCAUCUGCAACAAGAGCA